GAUUCUGGACGGGCAUCUGUGCGCCACCUGCUUCAGACAUGCCUUCAGUGGGAUUAGAGAUGCUGGGAGUGACUCUGGCUCUGCUGGGAUGGAUCUGCGCCAUGGUUUCCUGCGCCCUGCCCAUGUGGCGAGUGUCGGCGUUCAUCGGCGUCAACAUCGUGACGGCCCAGACCACCUGGGAGGGCAUCUGGAUGAACUGCGUGGUGCAGAGCACCGGCCAGAUGCAGUGUAAGAUCCACGACUCCAUGCUGGCCCUGAGCGCGGACCUGCAGGCCGCCCGCGCCCUCACCGUCAUCUCCAUGGUGUUGGGAGUCGUGGGGCUCCUGAUGGCCGUCAUGGGGGCGAAGUGCACCAACUGCGUGGACGAAGAGGCGGCCAAGGCUCGGGUGAUGAUCGCCUCCGGAGGGGCCUUCGUUCUGGCGUCGCUCACCCAGAUAAUCCCCGUGUCGUGGUCCGCUCACACCAUCGUCAUGGAGUUCUACAGUCCGGCCAUACCAGAGGCCCAGAAGAGGGAAAUCGGUGCCGCUCUGUACCUGGGCUGGGCCGCCGCCGCUUUCCUGCUCAUCGGCGGCGCCAUCCUCUGCUCCAGCUGCCCCCGGGGGACGGAGAAACGCUACGGACCCCCGUCCAAGAUGAUGUACUCCCAGAGCAGGUCGAUGGUGCCGAGCGGCUACGACAGGCGAGACUACGUCUGAAGGGACAUCUGCGUCUUUCUCACAUGGCGACCGGCCG